AUGGCUCCGAUCGCUUUAUCCACUCCUCAACCAUCUCAUCUUAGCAUCCCUUCCAAGUCUUUCAAGAGCAUCAAAGAUGACACCACCAUAGUCACAAGAGAACCUGCUUCGAUAGACGGCUUUUUGCCUGUUGAAGUGAAGACAGGAGACACAGCAGAGGUAUCUGGAGUACUCUGCACAGCCUUUGGCCUUGCCCUUCGUUGCUAUAAUACCGAAGGCGUGCAUUUUGAAUACCAUCACGAGACAGCAACUGGUUCCAGCUCCACGAAUCUAUUGUUCGAGUUGGACGAGUUCCGCAAAGUUGAGGACCUUCUCCAAGCAGUGAAGGCAACAUUGCAUAGUGCUCGAUCAGCCUUGGAGACACCAGACGAGAAACAGCAAACUCAAUCCUACCAGUCCUUCCGCAGCGCCGUAAUCUUUCGUGAAGAGAGUUUAAAUAGUAAACACAUCUCGCCAUCACCAAAUUUUGACCUCGAACUUCAUGCCACAAAUAGUAGAAAUGGCAUUGAGAUCCACAUGCUCUAUACUCCGUCUACAGUAUCUGAGGACCUUGCAGUCCAUUUGGCCGAUACUCUCCAUCGGACAUUCGAAUUGGUCAACAACCACUCAGAGACUGAGCUUUCGAGUGCAAGCUACUUGGGCCCACUCAGCCAUAAGAGGAUUUUCAACUGGAAUUCCAACGCGCCUAAUGCGGUGAUUGAGUGCGCUCAUGAGCUAGUUAGAAAGACAGCGUCCUUGCAACCACAGGCUCCUGCUAUUGAUUCAUGGGAUGCACAGAUGACGUAUGCAGAGCUGGAUUCUCUGUCAAACCAUCUGGCUACGGUGUUGGUGGAACUGGGAAUCAAGGCCGAGGUGAUUGUGCCUCUGUGUUUUGAAAAGUCUGCAUGGUAUGUCGUGGCGUUGCUUGCAGUACUCAAAGCCGGCGGUGCCUUUGUUCCCCUCGACCCGACGCAUCCCUCAUCACGUCUACGAGAGAUCGUCAGCCAAGUUGAUGCACCGAUUAUUUUGACGACAGCCAAACAUCACGAUCUCUUCGAUGACUUUUCUGUCAAGACAAUGAUAGUCAAUGAAGACACAGUCGGGACAAUAACUAGUGGUGACGGGUGUCUUACUCCAGUCACCGUCACGCCUGAGAAUCUCGCAUAUGUGAUCUUUACCUCUGGGAGCACUGGAAAGCCCAAAGGUACGAUGAUCCAGCACCAGUCCUUCUGCAGUGGGUCUCUGCGACAGGGUGAAGCGGCCAACAUGGGACCUCAUUCCCGGAUAUUCCAGUUCGCUUCAUACAGCUUUGACGUGAGUAUUUUGGAAAUCCUCACGGGCCUUAUAUUCGGCGCCUGCAUCUGUAUCCCGAACGAGCAGCUUGGUCGUGCAGACUUUGUCCAGUCCAUGAAUGACUUUCGUGUCAACUGGGCCUUCUUGACACCGUCGGUGUUGAAGGUGCUGACUCCUGAUCAACUGCCGCUUUUGAAGACUCUGGUACUGGGAGGCGAAGCUAUGUCAGAGUCGGAUAUGAUGACAUGGGCGGGAAGGCUCCAGUUGAUGAAUGGCUAUGGGCCAAGUGAAUGCUCCGUCGCAGCCACUGCCAAUACUCAGCUCAACCCCCAGUCCAGCCCACGGAAUAUUGGUAGAGCAAUUGGUGGCGUAUGCUGGAUUGUUGAUCCGCAAAACCACAACGUGCUUCUCCCUGUUGGCGCCACAGGUGAGCUGAUCAUCCAAGGUCCUAUUGUCUCGCGUGGAUAUAUCAAGAAUCCUGUGAAGACUUCAUCAGCCUUCUUUAGAAACCCGGCUUGGAUGGUGCCGGGUACAUCCUCAAUCUGGAAUCGCUUUUACAAGACUGGUGAUCUGGUACGAUAUGAUGCGGACGGCAUGAUUCACUUCAUUGGGCGUAAGGACCACCAAGUCAAGCUCAAUGGACAGCGUAUGGAAUUAGGGGAGGUAGAGCACCACCUCUGGACAGAUCCAGUCAUCCGUAACGGAAUGGCUCUCAUUCCCUACACUGGUCACUGCAAAUCCCGCUUGGUUGGUAUCGUGUCUCUCCACAAGCAUUUUACAACCGCUUCAAUACAGACACACACGAGUAUUCGCCUGGUAAAUCAUGCCGAGGCCGCAGCAGACACCCAAGCGAUUGCAGAAAGGCUGUCACACCUGCUCCCCACGUAUAUGGUCCCAACCAUCUGGAUUGUCCUGGAGAGUCUUCCACUCAUGUCGUCGGGCAAGAUGGACCGGAAGAAGGUUGGGGAUUUUGUUGCUGAUAUGAGCACCGAGGCCUUCCAACACAUCAUAGGUAACUCAACAAAACCUGGCGACAAGGCGUCUUGGACCAAGACAGAGAUUCUCGUGCAGAAGGUUUGGGCGAAAGCUCUGAACGUACCAGAGGAGCAAAUUGGCAAACACAGCAGCUUCCUGUCUGUGGGCGGUGACUCUAUCAAAGCGAUGGCCGUCAUGUCAGAGUUCCGCAAACUCGGAGUCACCGUCCUAGUAGCUGAUCUGUUGCGGUACAAUGUUACUGAGAUCGCCUCUAAGCUGGAGGAGUCUGGCUCUGCGGAUGUGCUCCUGAGAAGCGAGACAGAUCACCUUCCCAUAUCACACCUACAGCGCACCUUCCUCGAGGCGUCCCGUUCGGGCAACAGCGCCAUACACCACGCCAUGUUACUGGAACUCAAUCACAAGAUUAGUAUCCAGCAGCUGAAUGAUGCCUUGGAUAGUAUCGUUUCUUCCUACCCAGCACUCACCCUCGGCUUCAAUGAGCAGAACGGGACAUGGUUGCAAACAUUCAGAGACCACGACGAGCUUGAAAACCCCGUUUACCACUUGAAUCUGAACCAUGUCUCUAGCUUGGAAGAAGCACAAGAAAUUAUGCAGCAUCGUCAGGCGUCAGUUGGUGUGAGUGGUAACCCAAAUCUCAUGAUCGAUCUGUUCUCUCUUCGCGGCACACAGCACAUUUCUCUCGUCGUGCAUGCAGCUAUCCUUAAUUCACAGUCUCUAAGUACUGUCAUCGGCCAUCUCGAUUACUUGCUUCAGUCAAAUGAUGAAAAAGAGGAAAACGUCUGGGAAAGUAAGCUUUUGUCCCGAGAUGAGUUCUCUCAUGCCUGGCUUGAUCACCUCAGGAGCGAUACUGGCAUGGAGCCUAUGAAUGGUCCAUUGCAAUCUGUCGCCCUUGAAUCUCUUAGUGGGUAUCGAGACUAUGUCACAGAGACGCUAGAACUCGGCUCCGAGAUUACUGGGCUUCUCACUGGACCGUGCAACCUAAAAUUUGGCACCAACGCGGGGGAUAUAUUUCUGGCGACCUUGAUCCUGUCAUACCACCAAAUUCUAGAAGAAAAUGACCACUCUACCUUAGCUAUUGUCGAAACAACCGCUACUGAGUCGACUCUUAGCAAACACUUGAGAGGUCAUGUCGGUCAAUUCUCUUCGCUGCAACCCGUGCAUGUGCCUGUGGAACACUCGGACCAAGUCACUCUUCAGCUAAUCCGGGAUACUAAGGACAAAGUUCGCCAGAGGGGGAUAGGUAGCAAGCUUGGCUCUUCCAAUGUCAUCUUCAACUACGGCUUGUCUAGCCGACUUACAGAAGGUAUCGUGUUGAAGCAAGCCACCCUCACUCGGCGACACGGCUUGGGCGCCAUCGUUCCCACAACUUUCGAGGUUUCAUGUCUGCUCGAAGAUGGACAGUUCAGAAUCACAGUCGGAUCCGAUCAGGUCAGCGCUCAGAAGCUAUUACUAUUUACCGACCAGUACAGACAGAACAUCACGCAAGCAGUCGAGAUCCUCGCGUCCAAUACAGCUAAGGAAUUCACUUUGGCGGACUUUCCAUUGCUCAAACUCGAUCAUCCAUCCCUUGAGAGAGUCAACCGUCAGCACCUUCCACGAGUUGGCCUUAGACCAAAUCAGAUAGAAGAUAUGUAUCCCUGCUCUCCGUUGCAGCAAGGUCUCCUUAUGAGCCAGGCUAGGAAGCAAGGCAGUUACAAUGUAUCCAUUGGAUGGGAGGUAGUCUCUUGCGGCGCAAACGACACAGUUGAUAUUGGCAGAUUGCUCUCCUCAUGGCAAAAGGUAGUCGACCAUCACCCUGCCCUGAGGACUAUAUUCACCGACGAAUUUGGCGGCAAGGAGCCAUACGCUCAAAUUGUUCUGAGACGUCCCAGGGCGGAGGUUUCGGUGAAACCUUGCUCAGAUGUCGAUGUUGCAUCUGUGCUGGAGGAGACGAUUGAACUAGGCACUAACCCUGUUGUCCCUCCACAUCGGUUCUCAAUCAAUGUCACAGCGGAUGAUAGAGUGUUCUGCCGAGUCGAUGCUAGUCAUACCAUUGUCGAUGGUGUAUCCAAGUCAUUGAUUCUAAGGGACCUGAAGCGAGCUUAUGCGGGGACUCUUCUUUCUCCCACUGGAGGCGCUAAGUACAGGGACUUCGUCCAAUAUGUUGCUGCAAACGACAUGUCCGCUAGCAUUUCUUUCUGGCAGAACCAUCUUGCCGAAGUCGAGCCCUGCUACUUUCCCAAAUUAGCUGAGGCUGAAGGUACACCUGAGCUGAAGUACGUCCAGGUAGAGCUAGGAAUACCUACCAGUGUUCUGCGUGACUUCUGUGUCUCCCAGAGUAUCACAAUCUCGAACCUUCUACAGACAGUCUGGGCACUCGUCUGUCGGGUGUAUGUCGGCCGAGAUGAUAUUUGUUUCGGUUACUUGGCAUCCGGAAGAGAUGCACCUGUCGAAGACCUAGUCAACAUGGUCGGGCCAACUAUCAGUGUCCUCAUUUGCAAGGCAUUGCUGGAGGACUCCACUAUUAUCAAGGACGCCUUGAAGGCUUGCCAGGAAGAGUUCCUUGAUUCUCUCGCACACCAGCACUGCUCGCUCGCCGAGAUUCAACAUUCACUUGGACUCGCAGGAAUGCCUCUGUUUAACACAGGCAUUUCCUUCCAGACAAUGACAGACGUUGAUAGUGACGACGUUAUCACCAAUAUUGACUUCGAGGGUCUCAUUGUACGGGAGCCGACAGAGUACAAUAUCACGGUUCACGUUGUCGAUUCGCCAAACAACGUGGACAUCAAACUCGGAUAUUGGACUGAUUGUAUCUCAGAAUCCCGAGCUGGAUCCGUAUCGGGAACAUUCUCUGCCAUCCUCAAAUCCGUGGUCGAACAUCCAGAGGCCCGAGUUGAUCAGCUCAAUGUUAUCGGCCGGUAUGAUUUGUCGCAGAUUGUAUCUUGGAAUCAGGAUGUGCCGGAGAUUUCAUCGUACACAGUACCGGACCUCGUGCUCCAACAGAUUACGCGUACCCCUCAUGCUAUUGCGAUUGACACCAUGGCCGAAAAGAUAACCUAUCAGGAUUUUGGACGGAUGUGGCUGUCGUUGUCUCGAUACUUGACCAGGCUUGGUAUUGGCGCCGGGGAUUACGUGCCUUUGACGUUCGAAAAGUCAGCAUGGGCUAUCGUUGCCAUGUUUGCUGUUCUGGGUACUGGAGCUGCGUUCGUCCCUCUGGAUCCUAAAACCCCGGUGGAGCGCCUACGCGAGGCCUCUAUUCAAACUGCUGCUAACGUUGUUCUUGCAUCUCCGAAAUAUGCUUCAAACUGGAACGACCUUAUUCCAACCAUUGUCAGUGUUGACCAGGAUCUCCUCGACAAGCUGAACGAAGAACAAGACGAUCUCGACCAAGGUGUCGUGAGAGCCCGCCCCCAUCAUGAUGCCUACGUUAUCUUCACUUCGGGCAGCACAGGCAAGCCAAAAGGAUGUGUUGUGCAGCAUUCUGCAUUCUGCUCUGGAGCCCUGGCUCAAGGAAAGCUUGCCUGUCUGGGUCCCUCAUCACGAGUACUGCAGUUUGCUUCCUACAGCUUCGACGUUAGUCUGCUGGAAAUCAUGACAUCACUCAUGUUUGGUGCAUGCAUUUGCGUGCCGGACGAAGACUUGAGCAAGGACAUCAAGCACUGCAUCAACGUGCUCAAUAUCAACUGGACAUUCCUUACGCCAUCUGUCCUUAAGCUUUUACAACCGUCCGAUGUGCCCUCAUUGAAGACUUUGGUUCUUGGCGGCGAAGCUCUCUCAAAGGGUGACAUUCUCAACUGGGCUGACAGGGUACAGCUGUACAACGGAUACGGACCUAGUGAGUGCUCUGUGGCAGCAGCAGCUAACCCAGGAUUGCAACCUACUACCGAUCCAGCCAACAUUGGACAUGCUGUUGGUGGUGUGCUCUGGAUUGUUGAUGCCAAGCAACCUUCGAAGCUACUUCCCAUUGGUGCUGUUGGUGAGCUCUUGAUUUCAGGUCCAAUUCUGGCGAGAGGCUACCUGGGUGAUCCUGAGAAAACAGCAGCCGCCUUUGUCAAACAGAAGAGCUUUGUUCCAGGAUCUCACAAGCGUGAGCGGUAUUACCGCACUGGUGAUCUUGUGCGAUACAAUGCAGAUGGCACGAUUCAUUUCACCGGCAGAGCUGAUGGGCAGGUGAAGAUUCGCGGCCAGCGGGUUGAAUUGGGCGAGAUCGAGUACAAUAUCGAGCGUGAUGAGAAUAUCCACCAGGCACUCACUUUGCUCCCAUCUCAGGGCCCAUUCAAGAAGCAGCUAUUGGCCGUUGUUUCUUUCAAAGGCUUCGAUCUCCCUGUUGAGGAGGGACGAUUAACUCUCGUGCCGGAGGACAGGAGACCCAAGAUUAUGGCGGUCGUGACCAGAAUCGCUAACACCAUAUCUGCAGCCCUCCGGAUUUACAUGGUGCCGGCCCUGUGGGUACCAGUGAACGCGAUCCCCUUGUUGCCUUCCGGAAAGCUGGACCGGAAGAAGGUCCGGCGAUGGGUCGAGACCCUGGACGAUGCCACAUAUGAGCAGAUUGCCAACGUAGGAUCCAAAGCUAGCGGCCGCGGCCCGAGUACACCUGCCGAAUUUGAGCUGAGACGCAUUUGGGCCUCCGUGCUAAAUCGACCCGAAGAGCAAAUCAGUAUGGAGCGGUCCUUCCAAAGCCUUGGUGGCGAUUCCAUCUCCGCUAUGCAGGUUAUCGCCCAGUGCCGUGAUGCCAAGCUCUCGCUCGCAGUUAAGGAUCUCAUUCAGUGUCCCACUAUCGCCGAACUGGCACCGAGAGUGCGACCUUUGGACGAAGAUGCUGAGCCAAUGGAAGACGAUAUUGGUGUUCCGUUUAAUCUUUCUCCUCAGCAGACCUGGGAGUUCGACCUGAAACAGCACUGCGAUCUCAAUCGUUACAACACUACGUUCCUGCUAUCGGUUCAUUCUGAUUCCGACCUAAAACCGGUCGUGGAUGCAACAGUAGAGCGUCAUCCCAUGCUCCGUGCUCGGUUCCAGCGCGAUGAAUCGGGCCGCUGGAUGCAGUAUAUUCCUCUUGACCGGUCCAAUAGUCAUCUGUACCAGGAGUUGGAAGUGCCUGACUUGGAAGCUAUUGAACCAUACACUGCGCCCAACCAGUCUGGCUUCGAUUUGCAGCGUGGUCCAUUGAUGCGUGCGAUUAUUUUCAAGCUUCCGAACGGAGACCGGUACGUUGGACUUACUGUACACCACAUGGUUAUCGACACCGUUUCAUGGCGCAUUCUUCUCCAAGAUAUGCAACAAGGCUUAUCCACCGGGACAAUCACCUCCCACCGUUCCGACUCAUUUGCCUUGUGGUGCCGUAAACUCAAGGAGCACGCUGAUGAGAAAUGGACUCCCAAAUAUGUACUACCUUUCUCGAUUCCUGCUCCACUGUACGAUUACUGGCAGAUGGAGGAAUCCAUGAACCUUUUCGUGACCGAAACUAUCCAGGAGUUCUCUCUGGACACCAAGACAACCGCCCGCUUGAUGGGAAAUUGCAACCAUCAGUACCAGACUAAGCCACUUGACAUCUUCUUGUCGGCGAUCUUCCAUGCCUUCAGCGCGACGUUCACUGACCGUCCCGUACCUGCGGUCUUUAUCUACAGUCAUGGUCGGGAUGAGUUUGGUGGAGAUCUUGAUGUAUCUAACACUAUCGGAUGGUUUACCUCCUCCACUCCGGUAGUGAUAAACCCAUCUGGAGAUAUUGUCGACGACCUGCAGGCUGUGCGAGAUGCGCGCGCCAGUGUGCCAGGCAAUGGAGUUCCCUACUGGGCAACCCGCUGGCUGACCGACGAUGGCCAUGCCGCCUUUGAACAUCACAGCCCCUUCGAGUUGUCUAUGAACUACCUUGGCCAGUAUCAGCAGCUGGAGCGCGACGAUUCGGUACUUCGUUAUGUGGAUGUGAAGAAGCCCAAGGCAACUGGAUCUGGGUCCGGUCUCCUCCGCACCGCGCUGGUUGAGACGCAAGCCAUUGUUAUCGGUGACUCGCUGCAGAUCAAGUUCGUUUAUAACACGCGCAUGGCCCGGCAGAAGCAGCUCCUCGACUGGCAGGCCAAGGUGAAGGAUUCGCUACUGGAGAUUGCCAAUCGCCUCGGAGAUGGUGUUGAGACUGAGUGA